CUUGGAUGUUCCAGAGUUAAAAUUAGUGAAGUUUGGGUUUGUGAAAAUAUGUGGUUAAGGAGUCAUAUAUAAUUAUUUUAUAAGUUUCUGAUACAGUAUAACUAUAGACUUUUUUAAUUUUGAGAUAAAUUAGGAACUUAUGGACCUCAGUGAGUGGUGGGGUAGAGUGUAGUGUUGAUAAAUGUCAUAAAUAAGUGGAAAAUGAAAUAUUGAGUCCGGCAGUGAGGGAACAUGGCGUCGCUAUGUACACAGAUAUUGAUAUAACUGACUAUAACGUUCCACUGUAAGCUCAGUAUGAGUGGAGACGGAGGGGAGGAGGAUCAAGUGGUGAAAGUGGAGGCUACAACUCCUGCAGCUACUAGUGCAACGACAACUACUGUCACCACAAUUACCAAUUGUACCUCUAGUACAAGAGCAAAAACUCCUCCAACAGAUCCUGUAACCCCACUAACACCUCCAAACUCUGCUGCUGCCUCAACUCCAAGCACCACAACAGGCACCAAUGAUAUACUUCCAUUAGCAUCAGCAACUCCAGCAGAGGUCCAACCAGAAGCAGCAGUAACAAUAGCAGCAGCAGCAGCAGCAACAAUAACAACAGCCCCAGCAACAGCAGCAGUAACAACUGUAGCAGUAGUUAACAAAGAAAAGUCGGAGGAGGAAGUGCAAGAAGAAGAGAACACUGCAGAUGAACCAAGUAGCUCCCCAGAGCAAGUGCAUAUAUCUGCAGAGCAGUUAGCCCUUUUAUCAAAGGAUGAGUUGGUGGAAAAAUGGAUACAGCAAGAUAAAUUUGUGGAGAGCAUACGAAACAGGAUGGAAGCCAUGGAAAAAGAAGUGGAAGAGCUACGAGGUGCACGGGAAAAUGAGGAGAGAUUGAAAGGGCAACUAGCUGAACUGCAACGCAAGGAGCAAUACCAUAUUAUGCGACUCUCUUGUAAGGAGCAUGAACUACAGGAUAUGGGGUAACACGGGAAAACAGUUGAUGGCCAAAUGUCGCUUGUUGAUUAAAGAGAAUGAGGAACUUGGCCGCAUGAUUACUUCUGGUCGUCUUGCCAAGUUAGAAGGUGAACUGGCACUACAAAGAAAUUUUAGUGAAGAACUUAAGAAAUCUCAGUCAGAAUUGGAUGAGUUUUUGCUGGAGAUGGAUGAAGAUACAGAAGGCAUGCAGGGGACCAUUUACUACCUCCAGCAGCAACUGCGGCAGGCUAAGGAGCGCAUUGCUCAACUGAAUGCUCAGUUAGCACUCACUCAAACCCCAGACCCUCAACCAGUUGAGGACAGUAGUGCCCAGGUAAUUUCAGAAGGAGGCAGUGAAUUAAAUAAUGAGGUAGAACGGACAGAAGAAAUAACAUUGGUACCACAGCCCAAUGGAGAUACGUCACACGAUGAGCCUCAAAUAAAUAGUGAAUCCUCAGUUCUGGACCCAACAGCAGCAAUUCCACUAACCAAUGGCCGUAAACGGACGCAGAGUGAAAUUGAUGAUGGGGCAGAAAUGACUGAUGGGGGUUUAGACGUAGGGGAGGAGUUUAUUAGUGAGACUGAGGGUUUACCACCAAGGAAACGGACCAGAACUGAUGGUGAAGAGGAGGUUGGAGGAGGAGGAGAGGCGAACACAGUACCAGUAGUGGAGAAUGGUGUAUUAGAAUCGGAAUAGGGAUGCAAGUGACAUUGCUUGCAUUAUUCUCUCAUAGGGAAAUGGUGGAGUGUGUAAGUUCACCAAAGGAACAGAGGGCUCUCAGCUCGAGCUUUUGCUCAUGACCUGUGUUAAACCAUGCUGGCCCUCUGUAGUUUGCCUCCCAGGCCUAGUGGUCUUCAUUGUGCACCACAGUUACUGUCCAAAUUUUGUACAGACAAGUCUCAUUUUUGUAUAGCUAAUUAAGAAAAUUUAUUAAUGGUGGCAAAAAUGUUUAUAGGCAUCGUUGGUCUCUUGGAUUACCUUUGGGGUCAGGUCUCUUCAUUUGGAAUUAUCCACACUAAAGACAAUAAUAAUGAGGGUUCAGCUGUUAGUGUGUGCCCAGUCUUUAUCUUCCUUCACAGCAUAUAAUACAUCCUGUUGUAGAUAGAAUUCAACACAGUGUUCAUACAUUUGAAGUUUAAAAACAUGUUCCACUUUAUGCCAUGACGUACCUUAAUAGUGGUAGCACAUGCUUUUCUUCUACUUCUCCAUAAUUUUUUUUAUAAUGCUCUUUAAAAUUUUCAUUGUGCCAGAAACAGCUGCUUUAUGGAUACCAUACCCAAGGCUGUUUAGAAUGUUGCUUUCUCACAUUUCUUUAAAAUUCCAUCAUGAUUUCAUUAGGAUGCAUUACUAGCUUGAGACUUUUGACUUCUGUGAUUAACAUGUUAGACUUUCAUGCCCAUCUAAACCAUACAAUUUACAGCAGCCCAGAAAUAGAGUAUACUGCUCAAUAUCUAAAGUUCUCCUAUGUCAAUAACUUGCUUUAAGAAAAUCUUCACUCUGAAUUAAUUGACUGUAUAUUUCAUCCAUUGUAUACAUCUGUAAUAGGAUUUAAAUUGAGUGAAUGGAUAUGACAAGUAAGAGUAAAGAAGUGUUUGGGCAUUUAUUGAUACAUACAGCUGAACUUCUCGCCAUCCUUUUUAGAUUGACAUGUUUCUCAUUCACACUUUGAAAUUUCCAGUCAUGUGUUGAUAAAUAUCAAUUUUAGAUGGAAAUUUAAGGCAGAAGCAUCAGUGAUACUGGAAACAAAUAUGUUUCCAGUAUCAUUAUCCGAUAAAGCUAUUUAUUUUAAUUAUACUUGGUUUGCAGUUCAUAAUGCUGGUAUUGAGAUUUAUUGUGCUACCACAGGGUAUAAAACAUUCAUCAUUCUGUUUUGAUAUUUGAUGUUCUGUUUGAGAAAGAAUGCAAGGUAAAUGAGUACUAAAUAUAUCCCUGUAAUAAAUAUGUGCUUGGUUUUCUAGUUUUUAUUUUUAUUUUUAUAUGUAUUGAUACUAACAUGUACUCAAGAUGUAAUUUGUGUAAGAGGCACUUUUUAGUAUGUAAAUUUAGUCAUGAAAAAUGUAAGUAGAUACUUUCAAGAUUUGUAAUGUCUUGUAUAAUUCCCACAGUGUGGAUAACAGCCUUAUCUUAAAAUUGGGUAUUAUUUGGUGGUUAACACUAAUUUAUAUGAAGUAAAUCCUAUAUUCUUAUAAACAAAUAUUGAUAGCAAAUCUUAGACCUUCAUGUUUAUGUUCAAUUACAUUUUAUUUUAUAAUCCUUGGGCAAAUCAGAGUAAGAAAAGUUUUUAGAUGAGAAACUUUCAUCUUGGCUGUGAGGAGUGCUAGUGUGUGUGUGAGAGAAAGAGAGAGGAAUGUGUAUGUAUGUGACAAUGUCUGUAUCACCCUUCAACUUUUCUCUUUUAUUUUAUUUUUGGUGUUCCCUCCUAUCAUUAUUAUUUAUGCUUUUGUUGUUUUUCUCUAAUUCCUUUUCUCUUAACUUUUUAUUUUUAUUCUCUCUCCUUUCACACCUGCUACCAUCUUACUUCACUCUUAUCACUAACUCUGCCCGUACUGCCAGUACUACCACUCUCCAUAAUCACCUCACUGCACUGCUGCCCUCCCAGUUGUCUCCCUCUCACCACUAUUGUAUACUGCUCCCUUCCUUCCCUCUCACAUUCCUUAUCUUUCAUUUGCACUCUUCAUUUUUAACCCCUAUUUCUCUCCCUUUCCUCACUCCUAAAUGAUUCCUGUUUCCUCUUGCAUUCCUCCUUUUUAAGGAGAAAAGUCUUCAAAUGCUUCUUAGGAUUAUGUAUAUCAAAUUUUAGAAUAUAUUUGUAUAUUUUUGUUGUAAAAUUUCAUGUUCAUAUUUAAAAAAUAAUUAAAUAUUUGUGUCCAAUAAGUGAUUUUCACAUAGUGUAUAAAGGUAGCAGAAUUAUAUAUAUUUUAAUGAGUGUUCUUUCAAAUGUAAUAUCCAAAAUUUAAAGCAGAUGACACAAAAUAUUAUUUUAUGAAUGAGUUGUGUUUGAAGUUAGAGAUGGGCCAAUGUAAUAAAUACAUUUAAAUUAAUGCUAAAUUUGUAGUGCAGUAAAAAUGGCAAUUUUCUGAAGUGUGUGUAGCAACAGCACAGUACGCAUGCUCUAAAAUAUUGAACUGUUACAGUGGAGAAUGUCUCAAGAAAAGUAGCGGACAUGAAAAGUGGUUGAUAAGAAGGGUGAAUGGGAACAUGAGAUGGUUAUGCAGUGUAAGAACAUGUUUUGCUGUGAGUGAUUGUUUGAUAAACGAUGCUCUUAAUCAUUUAUGUUGUUUGUCAGGAAUAUGCCACUCUUAAUAGUCUUCGGUUUACACUCCAGUUUUUAGUUAAGAAUUGAACCAGUACUAAAAAAUGCAGGUACAAAUAAAUAUUUUACUUUAUUUCU